CAUCUUAAAGUCACAGAGCUUCACAAAUAAUGUUGUUUCAAAAAAACCCCAAAAAGGCAGGGGAAGCAAACUGCGCGAAGAAGAUCCUCUUUUAGAGCAAAAAGGGAGUAUGCUGGAGGUAAAACCAUGAAAAAGUAGUGGAAAGAAGAAUAAUGGUUUUCCGAAAUCGUUUUCUGUUUCUGUUGGCUUUAGCUGCCUUAUUAGCCUUUUUGAGCCUUAGCCUCCAAUUCUUACAUUUGAUUCCUGUUAAACCAAUUAAAGACGAUGGUCUGCAUUCCAAGAAUCGAAAGAGAAUAAUGCCUAAUCCACUAACAGAGCCACCUGCUAUCGAUCCUAUUUAUGAAGCCCAGUUUUAUUGUAAUGUUCCCAGCAUCUCUGAACGCAGUAUGGAAGGUCAUGGACCUCACUAUUUUAAACUGAUUUCUGUUCAUGUACUAAUUCGCCAUGGAGACCGAUAUCCUUUGUAUGCCAUUCCCCGAACAAAACGGCCAGACAUUGACUGUACAUUAAUGCCUAACAGAAAGCCUUCCCAUCCUUUGCUUGAAGCUUUUAUUAGCCAUAUGUCUAAAGGAUCAGAAGCCCAAAUGGAUGGAUCUUUGAGCAGCCUGCCUCGAUACCCAAGCCAUUCACUGUGUGAAAUGGGAGAACUUACGCAGACAGGAAUUGUACAACACCUACAAAAUGGACAAUUGUUACGUGACAUAUAUAUAAAGAAGCAUAACUUGCUACCAAUUGAUUGGACAAGUAAACAUCUGUAUUUGGAGACCACUGGAAAGAGUCGAACUCUGCAAAGUGGACUAGCAUUACUCUAUUCUUUUCUACCAGACUUUGAUUGGAAGAAAAUUAAUUUUAGGAAUCAAUGGAGCACAAUUUUUUGUUCUGGACACUGUGAAUGCCAGAGAAGAAACCAUUACCUGGAGGAAGAGCAACGUCGCCAGUAUAGCCUCCGAGUGAAAAAAAUAGAUUUGGAAAAGACUUAUGCAGAUAUGGCCAGAAUAGUUGGCAUUCCCACCCGGCAGUUAAGAGCUUCUAAUCCCAUUGAUUCUAUGUUGUGCCACUUCUGCCAUAAUGCCAGCUUUCCCUGUACUAAGAAUGGUUGCAUAGACAUCGAGCACUUUAAAGUAAUCAAGAAACAUCAACUUGAAGAUGAAAAGGAGAGGCAAAAAAAGAAAUAUUAUUAUUUGUAUGCACUACUAGCCACCCAUCCAAUCCUGAACCAAACAGUCAAUCGGAUGUUAAGGAUUGCAGAAGGCAAGAAAGAAGAAUUAUUUGUUCUUUUCUCUGCUCACGAUGUUACGUUGUCACCUGUUCUUAGUGCCUUAGGCAUCACUGGGGCCAAGUUUCCAAGGUUUGCUGCUAGACUAGUCUUUGAGUUAUGGAAAGAUGAAAAGAAAUAUAAUGAAAACUUUAUUCGUAUCCUUUACAAUGGGGUUGAUGUUACAUUCCAAACUUCCUUCUGCCGGGAUUUUAACAAGCAUUUUGGCAAGAUGAUGUGUCCUUUAGAGAAAUUUGUCCAUUUUGUUAAGCAGGACAUGUUUUCACCUUUUAAUACCACUAGUUACUAUGAUGCAUGUCGCAGAAGACCGUUCUAAACGGAAGAGGAAUAAAGUAUUUGAUUUUGCAUUGUUAAAAGUUUGUCUUUGAGGAAGUUUGAUAUUGUCAAAAGUCUUGUGUGCCUAAGUGCAAAUGCAUAUAGCUUGAAAUUAUCUUACUUUUGCCAAAAUUCAUUCUAGAUUAAUUUAAAAUGCCAUAUCCCAUUAUUAACCCAGAAGUAUAAAAACUAUUUUCUUUAUGGUCAACAUGAUUUGUUGCAUAAUUGAUGUAAAACAGAUAUUGCUUGAGUAACUGAAUACAUAUAUUCUGAUUACGUAGCAUUCUACUGCAAAGAUUUAAACAUGAAAGCAAAUAUUAACAAUCCCAGUUGAUAUCAUAGCAGAAAGUUUUUCUUCAUUUCACAAACCCAUUAUUAUAAUCAGUUAUUUUUAAAGAGUUAAAAAAAGCAGCCAUUAAAAAAAAGAAAAAGGUGUUUGAUUCAAAUGUUCUUUGCACAUCAGGUUCUGGAUACACUUGAUCUUAAGCUAUGUGUUUCACUUACACUAUAGAUUGAGUAAAGAUUGUUCAAGAUGGGGCAGUAUUAUUUCAAAACUACUCUUUUGAACAUGUGGACAAUCUCAAUCCCUGUAAUCAGUGACGUUGAGGAGCACCAGCAUUGUAAAAAGUAUCUUGUACAUGACCAGUGUGGAUCAACCUAUACAGAAGCUACAUAAGACUCCAUUUACAAUAUUGCAGCCGCCUUCUAGAAUUCCAAACAUAUGGAAGCAAUUUUUGUUAGAAAUCAUCAUGCCAUAUACAAAACAACCCGUAGAUUAUAUUGAAAGAAAAACUCUGUUUUUGCACUUUUAGCACUUUAUGUGUACUUUGAACACUAAUUACAAGUUGUGCCAGAUGCUAGAAAAGGAUUCAAAAGAAAAUACAGAGGAGAUAGACAUGGAGAAAAAAGUUUUUACAUCUUUAUUCCACUUCUUUAGAAUCUAUCUGUUGAAAUAAUUUAUGCUGUAAAAAAGAACAACAAUGUGUUUACCAUUUGGCUGCAUAUGACCAAAAGACAACUUAACACAAGGCUUAAUUUUGUAGUCCCAUUAGUACUUUUAUAGACUAGGGAAUACAUUUUAUAAAGUGAAACAUCUUUUUUACAUUAUAGUGACAUAACUGUUUUCUACUUUCUUUGUAAAAGAAUGUCAAAACUAGUGUUUCAAACAAUCUUUUAAUCUUGGUACUUAGAUUCAUGCAGAAAAAUCUUAUGAAUAAUCUAACUUGAUAAAUUCAUAACGUAAAAAUGAACAGUUCAUUUCAAAAUGUUUUCAUCAUACAGUACAAUGUUUUUUAAAACUCUGGUAAUGCUACAUUUUGUAUUUUAAGUAGCUUGUAUAUACUCAGAACCAUAAUUUAGUGAAUGUUUUAAGGUAAAAUGGUGCUAGCAGUUAAAACUAGCUGUGAUUUCUAUUCAAGCUUUACUGGCUUUUCGGCAUCAUUUUGACGAUACGUUUAGAUGUUUCUAUAAAUAAAAUUUUGAAGAAUU